AUGGCUGAGGAGAAUGGCUUGGAUGGUGAUGCAAGGAUCCAUCAAGCCACCACCUCUUCACCAAACAACGGUGAUGAGAGGCACCUCGGCGGUAACGGGAAUCAAGAACAAGCAGAGAAGAGCAAAGAAGAUGAGAAAAGUAAAUCAGUUCCGUUUUUUAAGCUCUUCUCGUUUGCAGAUUCUACUGAUUUCCUGUUGAUGUUCUUGGGCUCACUUGGUGCAAUUGGGAACGGUAUGGCCAUGCCCCUCAUGACUUUACUGUUGGGAGAUGUGAUCAAUGCAUUUGGGAACAACCAGCUUAGCAAAAACAUGACUGAUUUGGUCUCCAAGGUCUCUCUGAAGUAUGUCUACUUAGCAGUGGGUUCUGGAAUAGCAGCCUUCCUUCAGGUGACUUGCUGGAUAGUCACAGGGGAAAGACAGGCAUCGCGUAUAAGGAGUAUGUAUUUGAAAACUAUAUUGAGACAAGACAUUGCUUUCUUCGACAAGGAAACAAACACGGGAGAGGUUAUCGGUAGAAUGUCCGGUGACACUGUUCUUAUACAAGAUGCAAUGGGUGAAAAGGUUGGAAAAUUUCUGCAGCUGAUGGCAACAUUCAUAGGAGGCUUUGCAGUGGCAUUUAUUAAAGGAUGGCUCCUAGCCCUUGUCAUGUUAUCCGCUAUUCCCCUCCUAGUGCUAGCUGGGGCAAGCAUGGCCCUUUUUAUAUCCAAGAUGGCAGCUCGUGGACAAAAUGCUUAUGCAGAAGCAGCAAAUGUUGUAGAACAGACAAUUGGCGGAAUCAGAACUGUUGCAUCAUUUACUGGGGAGAAGAGAGCUAUAGAUAUUUACAACCAGCUUCUUCUGGUUGCUUACCAAUCGGGUGUAAAAGAAGGCAUUUUUUCGGGAUUUGGUGUUGGUAUUGUUAUGUUAAUUGUGUUCGCUAGUUAUGCCAUGGCUAUAUGGUUUGGUGCAAAGAUGGUGUUGGAAAAAGGAUAUAAUGGGGGUGAAGUGAUUAAUGUGAUUGUUGCUGUUUUGACUGGUUCCAUGUCUCUGGGACAAGCAUCUCCCUGCUUGAGUGCUUUUGCCGCCGGUCGAGCUGCAGCAUACAAGAUGUUUGAGACUAUUAAUAGGCAGCCAGAGAUAGAUGCUUAUGAUACAAGAGGAAAAGUGUUGGACGACAUUCAUGGAGACAUAGAAUUGCGGGAUGUGUAUUUCAGUUAUCCAGCCAGGCCAGAUGAGCCAAUAUUUAGUGGAUUCUCUCUUUCAAUCCCAAGUGGCACAACAGCAGCUUUGGUCGGGCAUAGUGGAAGUGGGAAGUCAACAGUGAUCAGUCUGGUCGAGAGAUUUUAUGAUCCCCUAGCUGGAGAAGUUCUUAUCGAUGGCAUUAACAUCAAAGAGCUUCAACUUAAAUGGAUCAGAGAAAAACUGGAACCAGUGUUGUUUGCAUCCAGCAUCAAGGAGAAUAUUGCAUAUGGGAAGGAUGGUGCAACAAUUGAAGAUAUAAGAGCUGCAGCUGAACUUGCCAAUGCUGCCAAAUUCAUUGAUAAACUACCUCAGGGUUUUGACACCAUGGUUGGCGAGCAUGGAACUCAGCUUUCUGGUGGACAGAAGCAGAGAAUUGCAAUAGCCAGAGCAAUCUUGAAGAACCCUCGGAUUUUACUUUUAGAUGAAGCUACAAGUGCCCUUGAUGCAGAAUCUGAGAGGGUAGUGCAAGAGGCAUUGGACAAGAUUAUGGUUGACCGAACUACUGUUAUUGUUGCCCAUCGAUUGACCACUGUGAGAAAUGCUGAUAUGAUUGCUGUCAUCCAUCGAGGAAAGAUGGUUGAAAGAGGUACACAUUCAGAACUUCUUCAGGAUCCUGAUGGAGCAUACUCUCAGCUUGUACGCUUACAAGAAAUAAACAGAGAAUCAGACCAAGCAGCACAUGAAUCAGAAAUUACUAUGGAAUCGUUUAGACAAUCAAGUCAAAGAAGAUCAGUUCGACGAUCCAUAAGUCGAUCCAUAAGCCGAGGAUCAUCAAUAGGUAGCAGCCGUCACUCUUUCUCCCUCCCAUUUGGUUUGGCUACAGGAUUCAGCGUCCGUGACAACACCUAUGGAGAGCCAGAAGAUAUUCUGCCAGUAGAAGAUGCUCCAGAGGUCCCAAUCAGCCGCCUUGCCUCUCUCAACAAGCCAGAAAUUCCAGUUCUUAUUAUUGGCGCUAUUGCAGCAUGCAUCCAUGGUACAAUACUACCGAUUUAUGGGACACUAAUGUCCAAAGCAAUCAAAACAUUUUUCCAACCACCGCAUGAACUGAGAAAGGAUUCAAAAUUCUGGGCACUAAUGUUUUUGACGCUUGGUGUGGCUGCAUUUCUGGUAAUUCCAGUGAGAUCAUACUUCUUUUCAGUGGCCGGGUGUAAGUUAAUCCAGAGGAUUAGAUCAAUGUGUUUUGAUAAGGUGGUUAACAUGGAGGUUAGCUGGUUUGACGAGCCUGAGCACUCAAGUGGUGCAAUUGGCGCUAGGCUCGCAGCAGAUGCCGCAACAGUACGUUCUCUGGUGGGAGAUCAAUUAGCUGCUAUUGUUCAAAAUAUUGCAACAGUAACAGCAGCUAUGAUCAUUGCUUUUACUGCAAGCUGGCAACUAGCACUUGUUAUCCUUGCAUUGAUCCCUCUGAUAGGCAUCAAUGGAGUUAUCCAAAUGAAGUUCAUGAAAGGAUUCAGCGCAGAUGCAAAGAUGAUGUAUGAAGAAGCAAGCCAAGUUGCUAACGAUGCAGUUUGUAGCAUAAGAACAGUUGCUUCCUUCUGUUCUGAAGAAAAGGUGAUGCAACUUUAUCUAGGAAAAUGUCAAGGUCCCAUGAAAGCAGGAGUAAGGCUAGGAUUCGUCAGUGGCAUUGGAUUUGGAGUAUCUUCUUUCUUACUGUAUUGUUUCUAUGCGACUAGUUUCUAUGCUGGAGCUCGGCUAGUUGACACCGGCCACAUAACCUUCCAAGAUGUUUUUCAAGUUUUCUUUGCUUUGACAUUGGCAUCUGUUGGAAUUUCUCAUUCAAGCACAUUCACUACCGAUACCACCAAAGCGAAAAGUGCUGCUGCUUCUGUAUUUUCAAUCAUAGACCGGAAGUCAAAGAUAGACCCUAGCGACGAUUCGGGAAUAACAUUAGAAAAUGUGAAGGGAGAAAUUGAGCUUCGUCAUGUGAGCUUUAAGUAUCCAACUAGGCCAGACAUUCAAAUCUUCCGAGACAUUAGCUUGUUUAUGCGUGCUGGGAAGACUGUUGCUCUGGUUGGAGAAAGUGGGAGUGGGAAAUCAACAGUGAUUGCAUUGUUGCAAAGAUUUUAUGAUCCAGAUUCAGGUCGCAUCACGCUUGAUGGAACUGAAAUUCAAAAGCUACAACUAAAGUGGUACAGGCAGCAAAUGGGGCUCGUAGGCCAGGAGCCUGUUUUGUUCAAUGACACAAUCCGUGCCAACAUUGCAUAUGGAAAGGGAGGAAAUGCAACUGAGGCAGAAAUUAUAUCUGCAGCAGAGUUGGCCAAUGCCCACAAGUUCAUUAGUAGUUUACAACAGGGAUAUGAUACUGGAGUAGGAGACCGCGGAGUCCAGUUAUCUGGGGGGCAGAAGCAAAGGGUAGCCAUUGCCCGCGCCAUAGUAAAAAAUCCAAAGAUUUUACUAUUAGAUGAGGCUACAAGUGCAUUAGAUGCUGAAUCUGAAAGAGUGGUUCAAUCUGCAUUAGACCGUGUCAUGGUAAACAGGACUACAGUUAUUGUAGCCCAUCGAUUAUCCACAGUCAGACAUGCAGAUUUAAUAGCAGUGGUUAAAAAUGGAGUUAUUGUAGAGAGAGGAAGGCAUGAAUCUUUGAUCAAAAUUAAAGAUGGUUUCUAUGCCUCCUUAGUGGCACUUCACGAAAGUGCAAAAACUGCAUGA